AUGCUCCAUCUUUCCUUACUCUUCCAAUCUAUUUUUCUCCUUUUCCUUUUCUUCCCCGACCUUCUAAUCAUUAAUUCCCUUCGCUCUGUCAUUUUUCUCUUUUUCACUUUUAAUCGACCUUUCUUUCUUUCUUUCUUUCUUUCUUUCUCUCUCUCUCUCUCUCUCUCUCUCUCUCUCUCUCUCUAUCUAUCUAUCUACCUAUCUAUCUAUCUAUAUCUAUCUCUGUGUUUUCCUUUUCCUCUCCUUCACUUUUUCUUUCAAUCACUAUUGCUUUUCGCGCUACCAGUUCCUUUGUCUCUCUUUCUUUCCCUUCUUAUCGACACAUCUAACUCAUUCUCUUUCGCUCUCGCUCUCUAUCUAUCUAUCUAUCUCUCUCGGUUUUCCUCUUUCUCUCCCUCGCCUUUUCUUUUAAUCAUUAUUGCUCUUCGCUUUAUCAGUUCCUUUUUUUCUGUUUGUUUUACUUAUCGACCUCUCUCUCUCUCUCUCUCUCUCUCUCUCUCUCUUUCUCUGUCUCUCUCUUUCGCUUUUCCUCUUCCUCCUUCACCCCACCCCGAAAGCCGUGGGUUCGAAUAUCCGCAAAUCUUCUCCUCGGUCUCCUCCCACCUUUUGUUCACUGCCACUGACUUUAUACGCGCUCGAAGAAAUCCCUCUCUCUCCUCUCUCUCCUCUCUCACUCCUCUCACUCCUCUCUCUCCUCUCUCACUCCUCUCUCUCUCUCUCUCUCUCUCUCUCCUCCUCUCUCUCUCUCCUCUCUCUCCUCCUCUCUCUCUCUCUCUCUCUCUCUCCCUCCUCUUCUCUCUCCUCUCUCUCUCUCUCUCCUCUCUCUCUCUCUCUCUCUCUCCCCCCUCUUCUUUCUCUCUCUCUCUCUCUCCUCCUUUCUCUCUCUCUUUCUCUCUCCUCUUUCUCUCUCCUCCCUCUCUCUCUCUCCUCCUCUCUCUCUCUCUCACUCCUCUCUCUCUCUCACUCCUCUCUCUCUCUCCUCCUCUCUCUCUCUCUCUCUCUUCCACUCCUCUCUCUCUCUCUCCUCUCUCUUUCUCACUCUCUCACUUACUCUCUCACACACACACACACACACAGUUGUGUUCACCCUUUUUUAUUCAUUCAGAUUAUUUAUUUUCCAGCGAAUUUCUAAUGGGAAACAAUUUGCGUCAACGAGAGUUGAUCCUGAAUAACCAGGAAGGGAAUUGUAUUCAGGAGGAACCGGAAAAUGAAGACAAAUACAACAUGGCGGAUGAUUUUACUCAGAAUUGUUCCAUGCACGGCAUUCGGAAUAUAUUCAAGGAUGGCACAGGAACAUGGUACAGACUCUUGUGGAUUGUACUUUUAUUGUCCUGCAUUGGGGUCUCCUUGAUCCAGAUUGUUGACCGAAUCAUUUACUACUUGGAGUGGCCAGUGACAGUUAACCUGGCAAUUAACUACAAUACAACCUUACUUUUUCCAGCCAUUACAUUCUGUAACCAGAACAGAAUAAGAGCGACCGCAGCUUACAAUUUAAAGUGGUAUCGCCUGAUGGAAGACCUCUACAAUGACCAGCUUUCGAAGCAAGAAAAAUUGGAUGCCGUCCAGAAAUACGGGGCUGCCAAUAUGACAUUAGAUGAAAUCUUUGGGCCCGUUGCCCAUUCGAAAGAAGAUAUGAUUAUAACGUGCAAAUGGGGACAUCAGAUUUGUGGGCCUGAGAAUUUCACUGCUGUUUGGACCAGUCUGGGUUUGUGCUUCACCUUCAAUUUCAACGCGACAAACCAGUUAAAUGUAAUAGCCUCGGGUGCCGACAAUGGUCUUCAAUUGACACUGAAUGUUGAAGAGUAUGAAUACAUGCUGGAAACGGAAGGAGGCGCUGGUAUCAGAGUAUUGCUUCACAAUCCUCAGGAUUUUCCUGACGUUAAAGAACUUGGUUUUGCUUCACCGUCCGGAACACACUCUUUUAUUGGACUAAAGGUUGUGGAGCUGAGAAAUCUGCCGAAGCCACCAGCCAGUUGCCAGCAGAGAAAACUCGAAUUUUUCGAUGAGUAUUCCACAUCUACAUGCAAACUGGAAUGCAGUACAAACCUAAUGGCCAAGACCUGUGGUUGUCGACUGAUUUACAUGCCAGGAAAGAUCGGUACGUAA